UGUGUGUGUGUGUGUGUGUGUGUGUGUGUUUCUGUGUGUGUGUGUGUGUGUGUGUGUUUCUGUGUGUGUGUGUGUGUGUGUUGCGUUCACUGACCUCAGUGUGUCUCCACCCAGCAGCAGAGAGGAAGUGAAGGUAGCACGUCCGUCAGUCCUGACGGUGACACGCUGCAGACAUCUUCCUGUUGGUCCUGAUCCAGCAGAACUUCUCGGGCUGACACCAGAACCUGUCAGCUGUUUGUGAUGGCCGAACCAGAACCAGAACCAGAACCAGAACCAGAGAGGGACACUGAGCUGCACCAGCUGACUCUGGAUCCAGACCCUCCCAGCUGUUCCAGUCUAACCACUCAGCAGCUGCAGCAGCAGUUGAAGGUGUUGAAGCAGAGAGAUCGACCCGUUCGGCUGCUCUUUGAAAUCCCGUCAACACGAAUCAUCGAACACACUCUGUCCAGACAUGUGGUCUAUGAGAUCGUGGUGAUGCGUUCCGGCAGCUUCGAUUCCCGCCGCGUGUCCGUUGAGCGCCGUUACAACGACUUCUCCAGCUUCCACCACAAACUGCUGCAGGAGUUCGACGAGGAGCUGGAGGACGUGGUUCUGCCCCGGAAGGUUCUGACCGGGAACUUCAGUCCAGAGAUCAUUGCGGAGCGCCGUCUGUCUCUGCAGGACUACCUGGCUAAACUCUACGCCACACGCUGCGUCCGACACUCGCCUCACUUCCCAGAAUUCUUCACUGAGCAGGAGCAGAAACGAGCACACAGCUUACUGCGAGCGGGUCAGUUUGGGCCGGCUCUGGACCAGCUGCAGACAGUUCUAGAGAUCCAGGAGAAGCUGCUGCCAUGGCAAAAGCCGACCCUGAUCAUCCCAACUCUGUGUGCCAUGGCGAUCUGUUACCGCGAUCUGGAGGAACCGGACAAGGCGUUUGGCGCCGCUCAGAGAGCGCUGCCUCCAGUGAGGCGGUAUGGACUGAAGGACUACAGAGCCGCCCUGCUGGACCUGCUGGUGGACCUCGGGUACCAACUGGGCCGCCCGGUGGCUCAGCUGCAGGACGAGCUGACGGUGCUGAGGGACACCGAGAGGGGACAGGUGUCCUCCUGCUCCCUGAAGGAGUUAGUGGUCCGAGAGUUCACCUGAUGGAGCUCAGCGUGUCACAUCUAUCAGGUACACCUGUCCAAAGGUACACCUGUCCACCAGGUGGAGCUGUUUCUGUCCUCCCUCUUUACAAACUAAAGGUGGUCAGAUGUGACAUUACUGUGACCUUAAAUGUUCAUCAAGUGUUUGAUCACCUUUACCUGUACAGGUGUGCCUCAUAGAGUGACCACUGACUGUGACUUCCUGUCAGGUGAAAACAGGAAGUUUGUUUUUGGUUAAGAGACAUUUAUAAACCAACACAGGGUCCGGUCGAAUAGUCUAUGAGAGAGACAGAGAGAGACAGAGAGAGACAGAGAGAGAGAGAGACAGAGAGAGAGAGAGAGAGAGAGAGAGAGACAGAGAGAGGGAUAGAGAGAGACAGAGAGAGAGACAGAGAGAGAGAGAGAGCAGCAUGAACUUUCAGUUUUUAUAUGAAAUUUUGAGGAUGAAACACUUUUAGCAAUUACCUCCCUGGAAAAGGAAGAACAGAAAACACCAAAGAAAACUUUGAGAAAUCCAUCUGAACUGAGGAGUCCAGCAGAAAAGUCCAAGCAACUGACAAACUGACGGUUUUUCAGUUUGCCGACUGCAAGACUUUCUCAGCAAACAUAACGUUCUGAGUCAAAUUGGUCACAUCUACACCCUUCACACUCUCAUUAACAAACAUGUUCAUCAAAACAAGAACAAAUGUUUCUCUUGUUUUGUAGACUUCAAAAAAGCAUUCGACUCAAUCUGGCACAGUGGUCUGUUCCUAAAGUUAAUUGAAAAAGGUAUAGGGGGGAGAAUCUAUGACAUAAUUAAAACAAUGUACAUAAAUAAUAAAUGUGCUGUGAAGAUCAACAACAUGGAAACAGAUUUCUUCCCCCAAAGCAGAGGGGUGAAACAGGGCUGCAGUCUCAGCCCCACCCUGUUUAACAUUUAGAUUGAUGAAUUUGCUAAAUCACUUGAACAGUCGGAUAUCCCUGGCCUCGCUCUCUCUGACACAGAUAUUAAAUGCCGACUCUUUGCAGAUGAUCUGAUACUGUUAGCUCCAUCUAAAGAGGCAUUACAACAGCAACUAGAUCAUCUGCAGAACUUCUGUGAGACCUGGGCCCUGACAGUUAACCUAGAGAAGACGAGGAUCAUGGUCUUCCAGAAACGACCCAGAUGUCAGGGAAACCCAAACCAAAAGUUCUUACUGGGCUCUGCUGACAUUGAACUCACACAUAACUACACAUAUUUAGGACUCAAAAUUAGCUCUACAGGAAAUUUUAAUCUGGCCAUUAAUGAACUCAGAGACAAGGGAAGAAGCUUUUUACGCCUUAAAGAAGUCCUCAGUUAUUGAUAUACCCGCUAGAAUCUGGCUCAAAAUACUCCACUCUGUAAUUGAACCCAUUUUACUGUAUGGUAGUGAAGUAUGGGGCCCUCUUACAAAUCAAGACUUUGAAAAAUGGGACAAACAGCCAAUAGAAAGCCUGCAUACUGAGAUCUGUAAGAGCAUUCUCAGAGUCCAGAGGAACACCCCCAGUAAUGGAUGUCGAGCUGAAUUAGGACAAUUUCCCCUUUUAAUUCGGAUACAAAAAAGAGCCAUCAAAUUCUACCAACACCUCAAAGCCAGCGAGCCCAGCUCCUACCACUACAAAGCCCCGCAAUGCCAAGAGGAGAGCAAAGAAGGGUGUCCCCUCAGCCAGCUGGUCCACCAGAUCAGCGCCAACAGCUCAGGGCACCAAGACCGCCCUCACACAAUCCGGCCCCGCCAAAUCAGAACUAAAGAAAAAGACAAUUACAUCAACUAUUGGACAUCUGCAACCAAAACACAAAGCAAACUCCAGUGCUAUUCGGCCCUAAACAGACAAUACUGCAUGGCAGAUUAUCUGAGCUGUGUAACCGACCCCAGACUGAGGAAGACGUUGGCUAUGUACAGACUCAGCAACCACAGCCUGGCCAUAGAGACAGGCCGACACAGGCAGACCUGCUGCCCAGAGAGGACAGGCUGUGCACCCACUGCACACAACGCGAGGUGGAGACUGAGCUGCACUUUUUAACCUCCUGCAGCUAUACCAGGACAUUAGAAACACAAACUUUCCACAAAUUGUGGACACACAGAGGGACUUUGAGACACUGGACCCCACCCAAAAACUCCCAUACCUGCUGGGGGAAGUCCAGCAAUGUGCACACAUAGCUGGAAGAUUUCUGUACUGCUGCGACCAGAGAAGGAUGUCCAGCAGACAAGAAGGACAGACUGAGACCGUCUCCUCCUGCUGGACAUAAUGAACUUUGUACAUAUUGAACUUUGUACAUAUUGAACAAUUUAAUUAUUAUUAUUUCAUAUUCCUGUAUUUUAUGUUAAAACAUUUAUCUGUGCUUUAUCUUGAUGUCAUGCUUUGGCAAUGUAAACAUGUUUCCCAUGCCAAUAAAGCUGAAUUGAAUUGAAUUGAAAUGAA